CGGAUUUACAUAAAUUUAACAUAAUUAUAGGGCGUGGGCAGGUACUGGUAUUUAACCCCAUUCCCCCUUGCACUCCCGCAUUCCUUCGACAAUCCCUCUCCCGACCUGACAAGAAGAAGGAUCUACAGACUCAAGUCCUACCGUGAACUCCAGAAACGCAACACCAUGAAGGUUUUUACUUGCACGCUGCUCGUUGUGGUACUUCUGGCGGUGGCUAAACAAAGCUCUGCCGCGGAGUACAAGGGUUGCUACGUGAAGAACUACGGAGAGCCCUACUUCCCGUACAGCUUGGUAGACAGGAAGAUGAGCAACGACAUGUGUAUCCAGCACUGUCGGGCCCAGGGCAAGCCGUAUGCAGGAACCAAGAGUGUUCGUUGCGGCUGCGGUACUGAGGAGCACGUGGUAGAAAUGACGAAAGCUGAGGAAAGCGACUGUACCAACGACUGUAAGGCAGGAGGGGGGAUCUGUGGAGGCUACGCCAGGCUGUCAGUGUACAGCACCGCCCAAGAAAAGCGGAUGUUAAACUUGAGGGAGGUUCUUGGCGACUUGACCGACACCUUGGAGACACUGGAAAACGCCUACAAACGGGAGAUGGGCGAGACGGAAGACUUUGAGGAGGACAUGAGUGAGCUGGAAGACAUGGAGGCCGCUGGUAUGGCUGAAGACGAGGAGUAACACUACUAGCAAUAAAUUUAGUAUAUAGCACGCCUUACAAGUUGUCUGAGUAGGGAUAUUACAAAAGUGAGCAGAAACAAAUUUUCCUUGACUAUUGGUACCACGGAAGGGAUUUUCAGUUGUCUUAAAACCCUCGGGCAAACUUUAACUAUCCGAAUGGAGUGCAGAAUGUGUGUAGAUUAAAUCGAGUCCUUGGUUUCAUCGGUGAACUAGUUUUAUGUUGGGGAAUGAAGAGUGUUACAGGUAGAGUAAAGCAUGUUUGCAUGAUUUCAUCAUCAAUUUUUAACUUUGUCUAAAUUGAUAUUUACCACGGUGUGGAUCAACGUUACAUGUAUUUCAAUGGCACAAAUUGUACUUUACGGUCGCAUACGCUUAUACGGUAUAAUCAUAAUUGUUUUCAAUCGCGUUUAAUACUGGUACUUGGUUUAACAUGUAUGGAAAGUAUAAUAAAAUUGGAGGUCGAUUAAGA